CGCGCGGGGCGACCGGCGGCGGCCGCUCAGUCCGCCGGGACGGCCGGCGAGAACGCGCGUGUGAUGCGCCACCGCUGAGAUGGCCGGCGCUCGGGCGCUCGUGGCCGCCUGCUGCUGGUGGUGGCUUACGAUCGCAGCCGCCACCGAGCUAGACCUGCUGGGCGCUCUGUCGCUACACAACACGUCGCGCGCCGGCGUGAGCGUCGCGCCGGGCAUGCAGCCGCAGCGCACCGCCUACACCCUGCAAGGGGAUACGCGGUCGCUGCAGGUGGAGGGCGCGGCGUUCGAGCGCGCCGCCGAGCUGCUGCGCAGGUCGCCCGAGUUCACCGUGCUGGCUUCCCUCAAGCAGGAGCCCGCCAACUCCGGCACCAUCCUCUCCUUCUCACACGGGUACAACAGGUACCUGGAGGUGCAGUCGAGCGGGCGGCGGGACGAGGUGCGCCUGCACUACGUGGCGGCGGGCGAGGCGCGCGAGGCGGGCGAGGCGCGCGUGGAGACGUUCCCGUUCCGCCUGGCCGACGGCGCGUGGCACCGCCUGGCGCUGGCCGUGUCGGGCGCGCAGGCCACGCUGCUCGUCGACUGCCAUCCGCUCUACCGCCGCCUCAUCGCGCCGCCAGAUCGGAACUUCACGCAGCCGCAACUCACGCUCUGGGUUGGACAGAGGAAUAGCAAACAUUCAUUAUUUAAGGGUACUCUACAAGACGUGCGGCUGGUGAGCGGGCCGCACGGCUACCUGGCGCAGUGCCCGGGGCUGGACUCCGAGUGCCCCACGUGUGGCCAGUUCGCGCUGCUGCAGGCCACCGUGCAGGAGCUCACCACGCACAUCCAUGACCUUUCACUUAAGCUGGUAGGCGCAGAGGCACGUCUGGCGCGGCUGGAGCAGUGCGACUGCCAGAAGUCGUGCUACUCCAACGGCUCCGUGCACGCCGACGGCGCCACCUGGAAGUCCGGAGACUGCAAUCGCUGCUCCUGCGUGCACGGAGAAAUAACGUGCAGGCCAGUUGAGUGCGAAAGAACCGACUGUAAAAACCCAGUGCUACCUCCCGGAGCCUGCUGUCCAACAUGUUUAAGGCACUGCUUGCUGAAGGGCACGCUGUACGAGCACGGCGACCGGUUCGCGCCGAAGGAGUGCGCGGAGUGCGUGUGCCACGACGGCAACAUGCAGUGCUCGCGCGUGGACCCCGACAGCGCCUGCCCGCCGCUGCCCUGCGACCCGCCCGACCAGUUCACCGUGCCCGGCGAGUGCUGCAAGUUCUGUCCGGGAGUGGACUACUGCAGUAUGGGGCACACGUGCGAUGAGAACGCGACCUGUAUGAAUCUCAACACCAAGUAUACAUGUAAAUGCAACCAGGGAUUUGAAGGCGAUGGCAUCACUUGUGAAGAUGUGGACGAAUGCAGCGAGGCAGGUGGUCUGUACGGGCACCACUGCCACUCCAACACGCGCUGCGUCAACGUGGUGGGCGGCUACGUCUGCCAGUGCCUGCCCGGAUACACCCGGAGAGACAAAUUCAAUUGCGUCGAGGUGGACGAAUGUGCCGGCGACACGCACGGCUGCCACGAGGCGGCGGAGUGCAGCAACACGCCCGGCUCCUACACGUGCCGCUGUCGCGACGGCUACGAGGGCGACGGCUACACCUGCACGCCGAUCUGCACGGGCGGUUGCCUGAACGGCGGGUCGUGCGUGGCGCCGGAGCGCUGCGCGUGCGCGGGCGGGUUCGGCGGCGCGCGCUGCGAGCGCGACCGCGACGAGUGCCGCGACCCCGACACGUGCGCGCCGCGCGCCGAGUGCGUCAACACGCCCGGCUCCUACUACUGCGUGUGUCAAGCGGGCUACAGGAAAGACCCAUUGCGGGACCAUUGUGAAGAUGUAGACGAGUGCGCGCUGGGCGAGCACACGUGUCCGAAGCACGCGCGCUGCGUCAACACCGACGGCGGCUUCAGCUGCGAGUGCGAAGUGCCCGACUGCGAGUUAGGGUGCUGGUGGCAGGGAGAGAUGAAGCGAGACGGGUCGCACUGGAGCGAGGCGGGCGGCUGCCGCGCGUGCGCCUGCAGCCGCGGCGUCGCCGCCUGUCGCCGCGCGCCCUGCGCCUGCGACGAGGGCAACUCCACCACGCAGGUGAGUGAUGACAGAGACGGAGCUAUCCCUUUGGCGCCGGCGGCGUGCUGCCCGCACUGCGAGCCGCGCUUCCACUGUCGGCACCAGGAGAUGCACCACGUCACCUUCCGCAGCGGCGAGCGCUGGCUCUACCAGUGCCAGAUAUGCGAAUGCCUGCUGGGCGAGGUGGACUGCUGGGAGCCAGCGUGCGAAGAGAGCGGCGCGUGCUGCGGCGCGGGCGCGGGCGCGGGCGCGGGCGCGUGGCACGCACGCCGCCUGCAGCCGGGCGGCUGCCAGCUGCCGCACUGCCGCGCCUGCCAGGGAGGCCAGUGUGCUACUUUGGUGAGCAAUCUCGCGUGUUGUGUGCAUCGAGCGGGCUCGGGCUGGACGCUGGCGCUGGCGCUGGCGGCGGCGUGGGCGCGGCGCGCGCGAGCCGGGGCGGCGCACCGCAAGCACCGCGGCGCGCGGCGCUAGAGCCGCCCUGAGCCGCGCCGACCCCGACUAUUUAUUCUAGAUAGACCUAAUGUUAACCAAUUGCGGCGGGCGCGCGCACGCCGAGGCCUUAACUUAGCGGCGGCGGCGCCCGCCCGCGGCGCCCGGAACCGCCAUGUGAUACUGUAUUAUAACGCGCGGUUGCGAUAGUGUCGAAUAUAUCAAAGUAUUUUAUCUUCGUUAUAGCAAUAUUAUAGUGUUAUCGAGUAGUUAGGUUAUAGAACGGUGUGCCGCGAAUCUUGAUCAAAUGCCUUUAUUAUAAUUAGUACGGCGCGUGGAGCGAGCGGUUCCGGCGCCGAUAUAUUUUAUGCUCCCGACUCGCGUGGCGUUCACCUCGCACCUGGACCCGUACGAGCCGGCUGGAUGCGGUAGGGUCGUACACUCGUCUGCCAAAACAUGUUACUCUUCAACAAUUGUAAAAAGGUGGGACACGCUCUUAUGGCUCCACGAAUAAGAACUCGUCAGAUGUUUUUGCGGUCUUCGUUGUGUAAAAUAUUAUUCAAGUGACUGUGCCAUUGUUCAAGUACAUAUGUACAUCAUUGUUUAAUAUUCAUCUUAUUCCUAUAGAGUUUAGGGUAAUAUAGGUUAACCUAAUGUACCUACGUAUUGUUUUGAGAGUCAUCGUCCGGCCGGCUUUAAUUUUACUGUCUCGACUGUUCGUUAUUGCAAAGUUUGUAACACUUUAGGAGCAACAGGAGCGUUAAAUAACGUAGGUAUCUAAUAGAUGAUUUUCGCUUUUAGAAAGUACAUAUGUCGUCGGGAGUCGAAGUGCAGGGUGCAAGGUCACGCGAGCGGAGCACGCGGCGCGGCACGAGGUUGUGAUAGAGCGAGUGCGAGUGUGCUCGUGCGGCGCCGAGCCCUCCGCCCGGCGCGUUCCCACCGCUACAACUAGGUACUCUUCGAAUUCUAAAUUUAAACAAUACGUCGAUCGCUUCAAAUUAUUAUACUAGACUUAUAACGGUACUAUUUAGCUAUUGUUGUGAAUAUUGUAUAGUGUCGCUACAUUUGCUGCGAACGCGCCGCGCGGAGGGCGGAUACUGACUAGUGUAGUGCGGGCCGCGGGCGGCGGUGCGCGCCCGGUCCGCGGCCGGCCGGGGCCCGCGCGCGCGCCGCGCCGCGUACAAACGCGAGGCGCGCGCGCGCCGACCCGACGUGCUCGAUAGGCCGCUGUUGUACGAAAUUUUUCAUAAUAUAUUAUAGUUUUUAUUUGUCUUUAUAUAGAAAUCGUUUUCUUGAUCAUUUUGAAAAUAACCAAAAAUAGGUACCAAAUAUAGAAAAGACAUGAUUGUUUCUUAAUUUUCAUAAAGCAUUUUGAUGCUUGCAUGUUGUAUUGUGUUCAAAAAAUUAAAAUUAAAAAGAUAUCCUCGA